AUGUCGCCGCCCGCGGGCGUGAAUGCCCAGCUGAGGCAUCUCGUCCACUACCACCUCGACAAUGGCUUCUUGGAGAACGCCCUAUUCUUCGCCAGCCGCCUCUAUGCACAAGAGCCGCGCAACGGCGACGCUACACAUCUGUUGGCUCUCUGCAACCUCCGUCUGGGUCGAUACAAAGCCGCGUUCGACUAUGCCAAACCGAGGGGACACCAGCCGCAUCACCUGGGAUGCGCCUACGUGUUUGCGCAGGCAUGCCUGGGUUUAGAACGCUACGAUGUUGGAGCCCAAGCUUUGGAAAGAUCGCGUGGGCUGUGGGCAGGCCGAAAUCACUGGAAUAAGCACUCCGACACCUCGAGGCGACAUAUACCAGACGCGGCUGCCUGUUACUGCUUGCUGGGGAAGUUGUACGGCGCGCACGGCGACACAAAGAAAGCUAUAGAAUACUACGUGGAGUCGCUGAAGCUGAACCCCUUCAUGUGGGAUGCGUUUACCGGACUCUGCGACAUUGGCGCUGUUGUGCGGCCACAGAACAUUUUCAAAGUCACUCCGGAAAUGCUGGCGUCGAUAUCUCACUCUGCUAUGAACGGACAUGGACCUGCUUCGUUGGCAUCCAACGAUAGCUUUGACGCAAAGAAUCCGUUCGUAUCCACUCCAGAUGUCGACCCUUUCAAUACCUCCGUGCGACCAAACGGUGACUCCAAUGGCCUCAACCUUGGAGGUCCAAGUCUAUUUUCUAAGCUAAACGGCAGCAUACCGCCGGCUAACUCAUCGUUCCAUGAUAUGGAUACACCCACGUCCAACGGCCAGAACGUACGGGACGAAGAUGUAAUGAUGGGUGAACCUGGAGGACCUGUGAUGGAGGAUUUGAUGAUGAACGAGCGGCAUGCACCAGAUGUACCUCGCGCGCCAACCCGGAAGACCCGGAUGCAGAACCUGAAUGCUCCUGACGACCCGCCUAGGAUGCGGCCGAUAACCACUAGGAGUCGAUUAAAACCAGCGUCUGAGACGACUGAAAGAACAGAGAUUCCCCAGCCCCAAUGGCACAAUGGGCACAAGCGGACUGUGUCCGGACACUCCAUGCACCAUCCUGCACCUACCAAUGUAGCACCAGCAGAUCCGUCAGCAGCUCCCCCUCGACGGAGUACAAGGUUGCAAACCGUGCAGAGUGGCGCACACAACAUGCUCAGUGGCAUCCGCUCCUUAGGCGGCAGAAAUGCGGUAGCACCGAGCAGGGACCCUGAGAUGAAGGACCGCAAUCUUCGAAAGGUCAGAGCGACCGGGACCAAGGGCAAGACAAGCUCCGUCGGAAACGUCGGCAGAGUCGUCAGUGGCAACCGAAAAAUGGUGGUGGACGUGACGGAAGUGACAAAACUAGAUACAAGAGCAUCCAGCGUGGCUUCGACGGCGCCACCGCCGAAGAUGGCUAUUCCAACGGAUGCGUCACGGGAGCAAGAGGCUUUGAGUUGGCUCCUAGACCUCCUCCUGAAGAUAGGAUCAGGUUACAGAUAUCUGAGCCGCUUCGAGUGCGUGAAAGCUGUGGAAGCCUUCAACUCGGUAUCGACGCACCAACGCGAGACUCCUUGGGUGCUUGCGCAGAUUGGCAAGGCAUACUACGAGCGGUCAAUGUGGGCAGAGGCCGAGAAGGUGUUUCUGCGCAUACGAGACCGAUCACCGUCCCAUAUCGAAGACAUGGAUGUCUUUUCGACCGUGUUAUGGCAGCAGAACAAAGAGACUGAUUUAGCUUAUCUCGCACACACUCUCAGCGAACAAGACCGACUAUCACCACAGACUUGGGUUGCCCUCGGAAACGCGUUUUCACUGCAACGCGAGCACGAUCAAGCGAUCAAAUGCUUCACUCGAGCUACGCAGCUCGAUCCCAAGUUCGCGUAUGCAUUCACUCUACAGGGACACGAGCAUAUCUCCAACGAAGAAUUCGACAAAGCCAGCUAUGCGUACAGGUGCGCGAUUACCGCUAACAACAGGCACUACAACGGCUGGUACGGGCUGGGCAAGGUGUACGAGAUGCAGCACAAGUUCGACGUGGCCGAGAAGCACUACAGGGCCGCCUUCUCCAUCAAUCCGAACAACGACUUGCUCGCCAUGAAAAUCGGUUCGGUCCUCGACCGCAUGAAGAAAACAGAAGCAGCCCUCAUGCAAUACGAAACCGCCAUCCGGCUCAACCCCCACGCUCUACAGGCGCGCGUGAAGAAAGCGCAUAUACUGCUUAAGAUCGGCUCCGCGGAGGAGGCUCUACAUGAAUACCUUAUCGUCAAAGAUGCGCAGCCUGGCGACGCGAAUAUCCACCUCCAUAUUGGGCAGGCCUAUAAGAGGCUGAGGAAUAAGAGUGAGGCGAUCAGGUAUUUUACGAUUUGUAUGAAUUUGGACCCGGUGGCGCAGCGGUAUGUUAAGGAGGAGAUGGAGACGUGGGAUGAGGAUGAGGUUGGGAGCUGGAGCAGUGAUGAUGAGAGGGGGUGA